GUAUAAGUGAUAAGAAAGUACUAACGAGCAAAAAGGAGAUAGUGUUGCGCGUAAAAUUGGCGAAAUACAACCAAUGGCUGUAGAGUGGAAGGACUUUCUAGUAGGAGAGAUGCGCGAAACGGAUGAGUAUUUGUCCAUCCGGUUUCUAUCUUCGACUUGAAUCGUCAGUGAUGCAAGAUCGAGCCGGAAAGCAACGAGAGCCUCGAGGUGGAGAUACGUACACAAGCAGGAAUGCGAGUCCUCACUACUUCGAUUCUCUCGAUUGUUUCCUUCCUCUCCGCCUCGAUCUUGCAUCACUGAAUUUUAAACCCAGUACCAAAACGCAAGGUGCGAUGAAGCUAUAUCGUAAUCAUAUCGCACAGUAUCAGUUUGCAAGACUGUAGGACUGAUCUAAUCGGAGUUGAGUGCUCGCUUUAAACACAAAUACACGGUGACAAAAGCAUAGUUGUGUGCAAUUGCGAUUGCAAUUAAAUAAUAAAUAAAAAAAUGUCAUUCACGACAAAUCUAGGAUAUUGUCCGCAAAAGGAGUUGCGUUACACUAAACUAUUACCCUUCAAAGAUCAAUUAGAAAAAGAAUCGUUAGUAUGGCUUGUCAAGAUCAAGCAGAAUCUAGGACGUUCUGUUAUGCUUCGGGAAAUUGAACCAGCAUGUGUAUUUUGGACGAAACAAUUAUAUAUGUAUAUAGAAGUGUAUGGAUUAAUGUUUAGUAAAGAAGAUCAUAUAAUAUUUGCGAAGUUAAUGUAUGAAAUUAUUACUAUACCAAAAGUGAACGCAAGUGUUAUGUUGAAGUGUACUAAGGUGCUUAGAGCCUUACUAAAGAAAGAAGAAUUAAUUAGUCCCGAUGAGUUAGAAAUUCCAUGGAGACCUUUCUAUAAACUGUUAUGUAAAUUUACAGAUCCAGGAAUGUAUUAUUAUAAUCUAAACUUACAUCAGUUCUUAGAUGACAUACGAUACAUAGUAACUUACUUUUCACUGACCGCCACACAAGAAAUAUUAGAUGAAUUAAGACCAAAAUUUUGUCCGUUUAAUGCGGCAAUGAGGAAGAGUAUUUAUGUUUUAUCCAUUUUGUUACCAACCAAAUUACGUCCUCAGCAUCAUUCUGUUGGAUAUCUUUUAUGGUUUGAUGAACUUAUGAAUAUGUGGAAAGUAUUCCAUAAUUCGCCAAGCUGGGACAUCAGUAUACUGUACUUAAUGGGACGAUUAGCACGUGACAAUAUCGGUUAUAUUGAUUGGAAUCCGCACUUACCUGUGAUGUUUUCUAGAUUUAUACGAUAUUUAAAUCUACCUGUAAUGUAUAAAAAUGUCUCAGACAAUAGAAAAUCUACAUUUCGUAUACCGCCGAUAUGUUCGUGGAUAGUAGGAGCUUUGGGAAAUGGUUCAGACGCGCAGAAGUAUUUAAAUAAAUUCUUGAAAACUAUAGAAACCUAUAUUUAUCCAGCAAAUUGUAGGCGUUGGACAAAAAAAUUAACUAAAUUUCUUUCCAUACUUACAGAUGAGUUUCUCAUACGUUUACGCAAAGAAAGAUAUAAUAAACCUACAUGGGAAACUUCAAUUCCAGACAAUUACAAGUUAACUGAUGAUGAUAUCGAUGCUUUUGUUAAGAGUGUAUUGCCGUUGGCUAUGGUAGUUAUGUAUCACGAAAAAACAUUUACCACUGAAUAUACUACUUUGCAAAAUCUAGCUUUGAUAAGGCCGAAUUUAGUGAUACCGGAUGUGCUAAGAGAAACAAAUUCCACAUUUACUUCUUUGAUCAAACCACAUAAACUUAUAAAUUCGAUAAAGUGCAUGACAGUUUUUGCUCAACAAAUGGUGCAAGGUUCUAGAUAUAUGAAUGGAGAUCACGUCUUUGCAGAAGGACCAACACACGUAGUACCACUGCUAUUUCAGUCAUUGCCUGGAAUUGAUCCAAAUAACUUAAAAAAGUGUUAUGUUACUUUAACGUUUAUAGGUGCAUAUUGUGGGCUUAUUCCUCUUGUAGAUUGCUCACAAUGUACCACCGACGAUAACACCGAGAAAAUAGUAUGCGAAACAACAUCGCGUUUCGAAGACUUUGUUCUGCAAUUUUUAGACAAAGUGUGUCUACUAAUAGAAACCCUUUCGAUCGAGGACGACAACAGGAUUGACGAGACAAGUGAUUUUGAUUUGUCGUUCCGAAUGCUAGUGAACACUACAUGCGAAAUUGUGUUGUCAAACGCUAGCAAAACGAUUUUUGAUAGUGCUUUAAAUAAAUUGCGCACAUUCAUGACGGAACGAAUCUCUGAAACCGAAAUCGCAGGCCAAUUAGCACAAUAUAUGUUCAGAGGAUUUGCUAAGUGUAACGGACGCGAAACAUUACGGGUACUGUUCCCUACGCUUGCGCAAACAAUUUUAUCAUUGGUCAACGAAAUAGAAGAUGUUUCGAAGGAAUAUAUUUCAGAUCAACGUCUUCUGUAUAAUUUGCUCAUAUUAACCGCAGUUGUCGACACGACGGGCGAUAAUUUGUUACCCUACAUGGAUACUUUGUAUGAGAUUGUCGAUCGCAUCCUACUUUUGAGAGCGACAGAUGAAAAUACAGCAGCACGCAAAUUGUUACAAAAGAUUCUCUUAAAUUUGUCAACUAUCACUAUGUAUCCUGAAAAAGUAAUUUGUGAAGAUCCCAAUUAUGUUCACGUUAGAGACUGGGGUAAAGGUGUGGAUGUUGAUAACUUUAAUCCAAAAUGGUAUAUUCCUGGCGCAGAAGAACUCGCUGUUGUAAAAAAAAUAUUUUUAAGAUAUUUAAUAGUUCACACUGACAAACUUAAGAAAUACUGCGAAGAUCCUAGUACAUUAACUUCGGAGGAGCUGUGUAUUAGUUUAAAUAUUAUAGGAGAUACUCUGUUCGGAGCCGUAGCUGUUUUACCAGUAUGGCCAAAAACCCCGCUUGCACUAAUCGAGUCUUCCGUAGAGUGUAAUAUAUCUGUACCACGUCAUUUUGAUCAAACAGAAUUUGUUACAAUGCCUGAUGGGAGCAAUGUUAGGCAACAUCUUGCUGGAAUUAUGAGCCAAGUCCAACGAACAAUGUUCAAUACUCGAAAAGACGAUACAGAAAGUUUCUGGGCUAUAUGUUUUAUAUGGGAAAAUCUGUUAUUUGGAAAUGAUAAUGAUUAUAAAAGAAAUGUAAAGGUCAACCUCUUUACUGUUUCUCACACCAAGAAGAUGUUUGAAAAUAAAUUAGAAGGAAACAAAAAUCGCAUACUUAGAUUAUUACGCAACCGCUGUAUACUGCAACUACAUAUUCGAGAGCUGGUGCGUAUCAGAAACUCAAGCAUAUUAACAGAAACUCACAAACAAAUAAUGAUGGAGGUAUUUACAUUGGCUACAAGCAAAUACACGCAAAUUCGUCAACUAGUUCACAUGUAUAUCCUUGAUGCUUUUAAAGUUUUCUGGUAUUCUUUUAAACUUUUUGUUCCUCAUAUAUGUGAUAUUUUGACAAAAGAUACCGAAAAAAACCAUGCUGCGUAUAAAGUCGUUUUACAUAUUUUGCUUCACAUUAUGUAUUCCGAUCGUGUAACAGAAGACUGGAAUGUAUUAAAGAUAUUGUUGCCAGCCGUUGUACUUUCCAAACCAUCUGAAAAAGAAUCUCUUAUUCAGUUAAGGGAGAAUCUUACACACUACAUGAGUUGUAACUUUGGUACGUGCACGAUCGAAUUAAAAGUACCCGAUAGAUGCCUGACUGUUGCGCGUACUUUAUGGAAACACACUCCACAUCCACUGUUGCCACAGCCCGAUGAAAAUAUGAUACAGAAUGGUGUGCAAAACUUGAAAAAAUUCAACGAAUCUAACUUAGCAGCGUAUAAUAGUCUGCGUGACGAACUGUUACGUUGUAUAUCGGAGAAAUGUUUACACUGGCGGCAUAGAUUAAUGGCAAUGAGUUUUAUAUAUGAUAUUCGUCAUCCAGAUCAAAAGUAUCCCGCGCAAGCAGCAUGUUACUUUUUGCAAGCUCUCAUACACGAUUCCGUACAGGAAAGACAGAUUGCUACGAAAAUAGUGGCAUGUAUGUUGAACCAACAACAGCGAAAACGUCGAAAG